AUGAAUCAGAUAUCUAUCAGACUCAGGUGUCACACAGGUGGCAGUAAAGACAGGGUCAUGGCUAUGGCAGCAGAGCCAGUGCCGGAUGCAGUCUGGGACGAACACCAGGCCUAUGAAGAGCUCCUGUACUGGGACAGCCUGAUACAGCGAGGCCAUCGCCUGCUACCACACGACUUUGACAGGUACUGUAUCGCUCCAGGGUGAAGUUUCAACUAGGAACAGAUCUAAGAUUCGCAUCCCCAAUCCUAACCUUAAAGGAAAACUCCACCUAAAACUAUUUGUUGGUGUUUGUUUCAUUAGUCCAUUGUUGAUAUGGUCCCAAGAUGUUUUGCAUGUCGGAGAUCAAGUUUUCCAGACAUAACUUUCAAAAGUAUGAAAAUGUAUGCACUCACUAACUGUAAGUCGCUCUGGAUAAGAGCGUCUGCUAAAUGACUAAAAUCUAAAAUGUAAAUGUAAAAUCUCUUUUCUAUCUCUCUAUCGAUAAGGCAUGUACAGUGUAUGUCUGUUCUGAUGUAAUGGCUGCUGCUGUGACAACCAUAGAAUUAGAACUUAUAGAACGGACAUUCCUAUUCAAAACUGUCAUAUUUGUGUAUCUGGAAUGUUUGAUGAAUUGAUUCUUAAUUGCCACGGUUGCAAUUGUAGAACAUUGUGAAAAGCAGUGCAACCAUUGCAGAUUUUUUUCUAACUAAAGAAUGUCUGAAAGUUGUGCAUCAAUACCUGUUCCUCAUAUUUGGAGUCCUCCACGGAAGGAGAGGUUCAGUGAUGACUUUAUCAUCCAUUUUGAUGAUAAAUAUUACAUCCCAGGAGAGCAACGAAUUAUUCAAUGAACAAAAUUUUGAGAAGAGUAUCCACUAAUCACAGUAAAAAUACUGUGAUUUCAAUAAUUUUGUUUUGCUAAAAUGAUCAAGAAAGCGACAAGCAAGAGGGAGCUUUAGGUUAAAGACUGCCAAAUCCAUACUGUUAGGUUCACAGGAGGUUGGUGGCACCUUAAUUGGGGAGAACCUGCUCGUGGUAAUGACUGGAGUGGAAUUGGUGGAAUGGUAACAAAUACAUCAAACGCAUGGUUUCCAGGUGUUUGAUGCCAUUCCAUGUGCUCUGUUCUGGCCAUUAUUAUGAACAGUUCUCCCCUCAGCAGCCUCCUGUGGUUAGGUUCAACAAUCUAUUUUCAAAGUUAAUAAGUAUUGGCAUAGAGUACCAUCAUAAUACCCAUAAAACCGGUCAAACAGGGAAAUCGUUUUUCCACCAUUCAUUUUUCCAAUAUGGGAUUUUAGAAACACUUAAAAUAAGGGGCUGUGUUUCGUGUGUAUCAAUACCUGUUCCUCAUAUUUGGAGUCCUCCACUUGUUCCGCAUAUUUGGAGUCCUCCAGUUAUUUUUAAGUGUUUAUAAAAUACCCUAUGUGAAAAAUUAAUGGUGGAAAAACGAUUAGAACCAUUUCCCUGUUUGACCGUUAGGUUUUAUGGGCAUUAUGACACCUCCGCCGUGGACACCUCGAUUAUUGCGCCGCAUUUACGCAGCAAACGCACUGUCACCACUUUGAAAUCGAUAUCUAGCUUCGGUCCAGGGCGCAGUCCUUCACUGGUAGAGGCUAGUAGAGGAACACGCACUCAGACCAUGGACCAGAGCUAAUCGAUAUAUCCCUUUGUUUAAUAAAUGUCAAAGCAAUACAUUAAAUAUCACAAAAUAAAUGAAUUCCAUUGAAAUAUGAUGUUAAAAUCACAAUUGAUUUGACUUUAAAUAGCGUUAAAGUUUGGUUUUAUUAUGUUAUUAAGUUCUACAACUGUAUAGCAGGACGGCAGUGCAACUUUUCAUCCACUAGGUGUCAGUGUUGUACUGCAAGGCGACUCCAGAUUGAUUACACUACUUUAUUGUGUCUGCUCUGUCCAUGUAGCCUAUUUACCCAUAUGAUUAAUGAACUUGUGAAGACUACUUAAAGAGAACAGCCUCAAUUCGUCGGCGCAUGGAGUCUACAAGGUGUCGAAAGCAAAGGUGUCGAAAGCAUUCAACCGGGAUACUGGCCCAAGUUGACUCCAAUGCUUCCCACAGUUGUGUCAAGUUGGCUCGAUGUCCUUUGGGUGGUGGACCAUUCUUGAUACACACAGGAAACUGUUGAGUGUGAAAAACCCAGCAGCGUUGUAGUUCUUGACACAAACCAGUGUGCCUGGCACAUACUACCAUACCAUUCUAUGACCUCACAUCCCAAAGGCACUUAAAUAUUUUGUCUUGCCCAUUCACCCUCAAUGGCACACAUACACAAUCCAUGCAUGGCUCAAUUGUCUCAAGGCUUAUAAAUCCUUCUUUAACCUGUCUCCUCCCCUUCAUCUACACUGAUUGAAGUUGAUUUAAACAAGUGACGUCAAUAAGGGAUCAUAGUUUUCACCUGGAUUCAUCUGGCCAGUCUAUGUCAUGGAAAGAGCAGGUGUUCUUAAUGUUUUGUAUACUCAGUCUCAUACUCUGUGUGCAGUAUGCAUGCAUCCACACACCAGGGUUUUGGUUUAUUAUUAUAUAACCUAACAUCCCAUUAACAAACCCCUUAAAAGGAAGUGUGCUUGUAUAUUCUACUUCCCCUCAUUCCUAUUUUAAGAUGUCAUACUUUUCACACACACACACACACACACACACACACACGCACACACACACACAGCAGAUCCUGUUUGCCUCUACCUAGAGCAGAUGCUUCCACACCCACACAGAAGAGAGGCUGCUUGCACCUUCAAAGAUGCUUGUCUGUCGAUACCAUCUAUCACGUUGGAUAUUUGUUCUGCUUAUCUGUUAUCUACAAUUUUGGGGUAAGUACUUUGAAUAGGAAUUUACUGACACUUACGCUAUAGAUUUCAGGGUAAAGAACUUGAGCCAUUUCAGUUACAGAGAUAUUUCAAUUAUGUUUGGCCUCUCUGUUCUGUCAUCUUUAUUUCCUGACAAUUUAAAAAGUAUAUUUGAGUGGGGUAAUGUGAUCCUAGAUCACAGGAGGUUGGUGGCACCUUAAUUGGGGAGGAUGGGCUCGUGGUGAUGACUGGAGCGGAAUAAGUCGAAUGGUAUCAAAUACAUGAUUUCCAGGUGUUUGAUGCCAUUCCAUUUACUCCGUUCUGGACAUUAUUAUGAGCCUCCUGUGUCUGAGAUCUGUUUAGUGGAAUACAGUGUUUACUAUUACUGGGUCUCAAACUUGACUGCUCCUCCCCAGAUACAGUAUCCUCAGACCCCCUUCCGGCCAUCCCCCCAACACCCUCCCUCACCCAGGCCUCCUCUGUAGGCAACACCAUCCUGGGGGCUGUGGUCCUAGUCUGUCAGGCCCCUGAGGGCCCUGGAGGGACCCUGUUCAGACUCCACCGGGUUAAAAAGCUGGUGGACUCCAUUACUUUCCCCAGUGAGAGACAGGAGGCCCGGUUCACAGUGAGAGUGAAGGAGGAUUCAGCCCGGGAGGAUAUAUACUGCUGCCUGUAUCAGAACAGCCAGGGGAUGUAUAGCUCAUACAGCCACUAUAUGACUCUGAAACAACAAGGUGAGUUUUAUGAUUGAUGAUUCUGAAUCAGGUAGUUGACUACUGUGAAGCUGUGAAUCUGGGACAGAACCUACUGCAAGCACCAUGAUCACUACAAAUAAUGAUGAUAAUCAUAGUCACAGAAAUCUUUUCUCAGAUUUAUUGUAACAGUAAAUGGAAAUGCUAUUUCAAAGUGAGAAACGGUUCUGAGAUGUAUGCUAGGUUUAAAGCCACUGGUGGUGGGAGACAAUAAACACUCCCAUCCGCUUCUCCACCACCAGCAAAACUGCCGUAGGUUUCUCAGUGGUUACAUUUCCUCUAGCGCUGUGUGUGUAUUGUACCAUUACAUCCUGCUGGUUAUAUAGAAACCACACAUCAAGCUAUGUUGACGGUUAAGGCAGGAAGUGUGAAUGACAACAGAGGGUAACUUUCAAUGGCACUUCUCAAAUUACCUCAAAUAUCCAAUAUCUAAAUGUAUAGUUUCAGCUGCUUAUUUGGGUACACAAUGCCUAUAGACUAUUUGAUUUGAUAAAGUUCAUGACAAAAGUAACAAGCUCUGGAGUUGAAAGAAUACUCCCUUCUUUACUUCUCUUAUACUAGGGCAUAAGACUUCACCAUUACAACCCCUUUAUUCUCUCUCUCUCUCUCUCUCUGUAGCCUCUCCUAGAGCUCUUCCUCCUCCUCCUCCUCCUCUCCUCCCACCCCUCCUCUCAGUUGAUCCCCCAGGUGGUCAGGUGAAGCGCGGCCAGACAUUAUCCUUCCACUGCUCCCCCCCUCCUCCUCACUCCCAGCAGAGCCCCAAACCAGAGGCAUUUCUACUGCUGUGGACAGCUAAAGCGACUGGGGACUCCGUGGUCUACCCCCAGGCCUCCCUGGCGUCCCGCUCCACAGCCCAGACCGGAGCCUUCCGCCUGGGGCCUGUGAGGGGAGGCGAGGGGGGGUCCUACACCUGCCUCUACCAGGUUACAGUGCCUUGUCAGGGACCGACUAAUUCAACCGCCAGUCAUCCAGUUCUUGUCACGGUCACAGGUGGGAGAUUUGGUUGGGGGUUGAAGUUGCAGCUAGAUACUGAUGUCAGUUAUGUAAUGUCAGAUAGUUAUUGUAUUCCCAAUGGUUAAGGUUAGGAUUGUGUGUGAGGAAAUCUGAUACACGUACUCUCUCUCCCUCUUUUCUCUGGUGGGCCUGCCAUCCCAGAGCUAUUGCCGGUGCCCACUCUCUCGCUCCAGAGGCAGGCUGGGGAGUGGGCCUUGGUGUGUACCGGCUCACCUGCCUUCCCUGGUGCCCGCUUCUCUCUAUACCAGCUGGGAAGUAGCUUCCCUGAUGCCACCCGUAGUGCCCCCGUUACCCGCCACCGGGCCCUUUUUGCUCUCUCGUCCCUGCCUGCCCAGGACGGCCCGCUGUCGGACCAGUACCAGUGCCAAUACAGUGCCCUGCUGGGAGCAGAGUGGAGCCACUCAGAGAGAAGUCCACCACUGGCUGUGUCGAGAGUCAUAGGUCUGUGUCUCUGAUUUCUGUGUUUGUCUGAGCCUGUGUGCAUCAACUCAUACCACUCAAGAGGCAGCUGGAAUUAUUUUCCACCUAUAAUAUUGUCUGUCAUUGUCUUCCAGAAAAGACCACCACCUCCCCUCCCUCUUCGCCAGGUAACUCACUGAAAUACUACAAUCAACAAAUCCCUGUCUGA